AUGGCGGCAGACGCGGAACGGGAAAAACUGGCCCACGUCAUCAGACAGUGGAACAACAACAGACUGGACUUGUUUGAAAUAAGCGAACCGGACGCAAAUCUGGUGUUCCAAGGCGUGAUGCGCUUCUACUUAGAAGAUCGCACCGGGGGAAACAUUGCAACCAAGUGCCUGCGGUUUUGCAGCGAAGAUUCCACUACCGAGGUGGUCGAAACGCUAGCCGAGAAAUUCCGUCCGGAUAUGAAAAUGCUGAGCACUUGUUACUCCUUAUACGAGAUCCACGGCGAGAAGGAACGCCAAAUGGACCCAGAUGAGAGACCUUUGGUGGUCCAGCUAAACUGGAACUCGGAUAACCGCGAGGGACGAUUCGUGCUCAAGAAAAGCAAGGAGACGACUGAGGAGAGCUGUCAGAUCAAGGAAAAGGCGGGCGUGAUCCAAACGUUCAAGAGAACUCUGUCGAGAAAAGACAAGAAGAAAAAAAGCAAAGUCUCUGACAGGCCUGCGGGGGACGAGAACAGUUUGGUUUACCACUUGGAAUUCAGCUCAGCGAGCACAAUACUGUUGGCGCGAUAUAAUGUUUGCGACUGGGACAGUAACCUCGGUCCUCGGGGUGUACUCAUGUCUUCGUGUGACAGUAACCUCGGUCCUCGGGGUGUACUCAUGUCUUCGUGUGACGUUUCAGCUGAGGAAGCCUUCCUGACGGCGGUCAUCAAUUACGCCAAUAGCUCCACGAUUCACUUCAAGCUCUCGCCAGCGUACGCCCUCUACGCCGCGGGCCGCUUCGGGCUCCAGCGGCCGCACGCGCCGACCGGCUGCAUAAAUUUCAUCGCGGACAAGAUGGUGGCCUUGACAAGCAAGGUCAUCCAGAGGCAGCAGGACAUCCCCGGCGCGCUCGCCUUCUGGAUGGCCAACACUUCAGAGUUGCUCAACUUCUUCAAACACGACAAGGACCUCAGCGGGCCCACGCGACAGUGUCAGCUGGAUCUGUCCCGGCUGGUGCACAAAGCUUACACUCACCUGAUUCAGUGUGUCCAGAUCGAGCUAAGCAAAUACUUGCCCACCUUUCUGAUUGAUCCUGAGCGACAUGGUCCUCUUCCUGCGGGCAUAGAGAUGGUGAUGAAGACCCUGAUGAAAACCAUGUCGCUGUUACGCCGCUACCAGGUCAACCCGGCCCUCGCCAUUCAGCUCUUCUCCCAGCUCUUCCACUUCAUCAGCGCCUGGCUCUUCAACCGCCUCGUGAGCCCCGACGCCAGCGCCCCGGCCCUGCGCUCCCACUACUGGGGGGCGGCUGUCCGUCAGAGGCUGAGCGGCAUCGAAGCCUGGGCGGAGAGGCAGGGCCUGGAACUGGCUGCCGACUGCCACCUGGGACACGUGGUCCAGGCAACAAUGCUCCUGACCAUGACCAAAUACACCAUACAAGAUGUGAAAGAGAUCCAGAACAGCUGUUUCAAGUUGAAUUCACUGCAGCUGCGGACUUUGCUAGCCGGAUACUUUUACGCACCCAAUGAGCCUCCCAUCCCAGCGGACUUGAUUGACGCCGCGGUAGCGGGCGCAGAGGCCUCGGCGGACAACCUGAUUCGGCAGGAAGGCAGAGACAUCCAGCUGGAGGAGGACCUCGACCUCCGGCUUCCCUUCCUGCUGCCGGAUGGCGGGUAUUCCUGUGACAACGUGAAAGGAAUCCCUCCUGGAUUUCGGGAGUUUCUGGAGCCCGUUUGCCAGAGAGGUCUUUGCUAUUUGACCUCCCAGCAGAAUCCUAAAGGUGAUUGGACCAUCUUCUUCACUGAACCAGGAACGCCAUACUUGGAACGUCAGAGAGAGCCAGAGACUGUUACGGUCACCCUGGAGAAACCUCUCAAAAGUGGCAUGGGUGUUAGCAUUGUGGCUGCCAAGGGAGCAGGCCAGGACCAUCUUGGGAUUUACAUCAAGUCCAUCGUCAAGGGAGGACCAGCCGAAACGAAUGGCCUGCUGACUGCGGGGGACCAGCUGCUCAGCGUGGACGGCCAAAGCCUGCUCGGCCUCAGCCAGGAAAGGGCGGCAGCGAUCAUGCUACAAACCGGCCCUGUUGUGACCUUAAAAGUGGCGAAGUUUGCCGCCAGCUACCACGGCCUCGGCGUUCUGCUGGGCGUUCCCGCCGCCGCUUGGGAUGCAGAGUGGGAUCAGAGCCAUGACGACAGAAACCGCAAGGAGACGGUUCUGUACCCCGUCGAGGAUGCAGGCCCAUCGGAGCAGCCUCAGGGUCCGGAGGGCCGCGGGGGUAAAAUGAAAGCGCAGAUCGUCCAGAAGACCAGACAAUUUUAUCGUUCCAACCCCAACGUGGUCGGGCAAGAUUUCGCCCCGGGGGAUGGAGAUGAUCUCGCCGACCGAGACGUGCGAGGGAACAAGUCAGUUUCCAACCUUUGCACUGAUACAUUACACCAACAAUAUCUGACACUUCCAGCCUUGAAAACUCAGGACAAAAACACAUCCGCAUCCAGUCGAUCGCAGCAAAUGUUUCAGGUGUCUUUGCGGCCUUUGGGAGGAGAGAGUUCUGUUCGCAAACGGACUUUGAUGCGUCAAGCUCUGUCACAGGAAAACUUGUGCGUGGACGCAGGAGGCCCCCUACUGGACAAAAGUCAAACUAUCUGGCAGGGCUUGGGCCCCAAGCAGAACUGCCACUCGCACCGUCUUAUUCGCCCAAGCUUUUCCACGCAAAACAUCAUCGCUGACAACUGCUGUCCGGCCAAAGGGCAGCAGGGAACUCGCGCCGGAGUCUGGAGGACCCCCUUUUCGCAACAGCCCACGCCGAUCCCCUCGAUCCAGCCCGUUCGUAUAGACAUCCCUGUGACCGGGCCCACCAUUUCUCGCGCCACUCCUCCCCUUAAAACAUUCCAAAAUCGUUCCUGUGUGACGGCGCUGAGGUCCGGUGAAACCCUGAAAGUAAACGGACACUCGAAUGAAAGGAGACCGAAACCUCCCACCAGCUACGCAUGUCCAAUCUCCGCUGAUAACCAGCUCCCGCGGCCCUCGCGGCUACCCAAGCAACAUGCGGCUAAACCUCAAGUGAGCAUCACUCCGACUAAGCAGGUUUCCUUCCAAGAACUGCCGACCCAACAGGGGAAAAGUGCCGGUCCAGUAGAGCCCAAAGACCCCCGGGAACCAAAUAAGAAGCUGGACCUGAACGAGUUGGAGCUCCUGGAGCGGGAGGUGAGGGCGCUCCAGGCCAAGGCCGACCGCAGCGCCCAGGAGACCCAGCGGCUCGCCAAUCUGAGCCUGGAGUGGCAGUUUCAGAAAAGGCUGCGAGAGAUCCAGAGACGGGGGGAGGACGAGGACCAGGACGACGAGGACUUGGACAUGAUGGUGACAAUAAAAGAGCUGGAGAGAAGAGCUCAGAAAAAGAGAAGCCCAGCGGAGAACCCAAAUGACGAUCUGAAAGAGCAGACCAAAAGUCUUGGCACCACCCUAAAGGUCGGGAAAACAGGUACCGCAAAGUCGAGUGUUCAGUCGAAAAAAAAAAAAAAAAAAAAAAAACGAAACCAAAAACUGCUCAUCUGCAGGUGCUGGGAGGACAAAACGCCGAAGACCUCAGCCCCGGAGAAGCUACCAUUCAAGGAGCGGCGGCGUUUGUUUUCGCUGGCAUCCAGUGGAUAA